AUGGCUGAUCCUUUUCUGUAUCAUACUGGAGAAAGAUCUCAAUAUGGGUGCCUUGGACAUGAAGUACAAAUUGAGCACAUCAAGGCAUAUGUUUGUACACCAUCUUUUUUCACAGACAAAGCUGUGAUUGUGGUUCAUGAUAUAUUUGGAUGGCUGUUCCCAGACAUUAGAUACAUAGUCGAUUUGAUUGCAGGUCAUGGAUACAUAACCAUCUGCCCAGACUUCUUCAAGGGGACAGACCCCUGGAAAACUACUGAUCACUGGGCUGACUUUGCUGACUGGAUGAAACAUCAUGAUCCUAUGAAAGUAGACAAGGAAGCUGAUGUUGUCUUGAAGUAUCUAAAGGAACAGUGCGGUGCAAAGAAGAUUGGUAUCGUUGGGUUUUCCUGGGGUGGAAUGGCAGUACAUCACUUGAUGCUGAAAAAUCCUCAAUUAACCGCUGGGGUGUCCCUCUAUGGAAUAAUUAGGGACUCCGAAGAAAGAUACAAUUUACUAAAUCCCACAUUUUUCAUUUUUGGUGAGAAAGACCACACUAUUUCUUAUGAUCAGAUCACCUUAUUGGAGGAGAAGUUGCAACAGUACUGUAAAGUUGCAUAUGAAAUUAAAGUUUAUCCUGGACAAGUCCAUGGGUUUGCACAAUUGAAGCCAGAAGAUAUGAAACCUGAUGAUAAACCUUAUAUUGAAGAAGCUAGAAAGGAUAUGAUUGAUUGGAUCAAAAUGUUUAUUUGA